AUGUUAUUGUCCCCAGCAACCUCCAGCAAGCCCCAGAGCCAUUUUGUUGCAGGCAAGUCCGGCGGAUCGCGGCGCAGACAAGUCGCGCUUCCGGGGACAGAGAAGUUUUCACGUCAUACCUGGCAGUGCCCGGGCGCCGAGGAAGCCACCUGCGGCGGCGACAGGCGGUGCGACGCGGAGCAACGAGGAGCCUUGGCCGGACGCGGCAAGUGGCUUUCAGACCUCCUUGGAGUGAAGCUUAAAACGAAUGGGAAGAUGUCUCUGGUGUCAUCCAUAGCAAAAUUUGGACUGAUUCUAUUGCUGGUGGAGCCCAGGAAGCUUCUGGCAAGUCGUAACUUACUUGACUUUAGCCUCGUUGUCAAUUCCCAGUCGACACCUCAACAUCCCUGGUGGGCAGUCAACGGCUCAGUGAACACAGUGCCUUUCCUUUCGUGUGACAGUCACAAGAAGAUGGCCACACCUGUGGGUUCGCUGGGAGAGAAGGUGCAGAAUACUACAGUGUGGACAGACAUGCUCCAAACUCUAGUAGAAGUGUGCCAAAAUCUCAGGGGGCUUCUGCUUACCAGCGGUCACCGCACCCUGCAGGCCAACCUGUCCUGCGGUCUUGACGCUGGUGCAUCAUGGGCGUUCAGCAUCAAUGGACAGACAGCUCUCAUUGACACCCUGAAUAUGAACUGGAGAGUCACUGGUCCUGAAGCCAGAAAGUUUAAGGAGGAAUGGGAGAGCAAUCAUAAACUGAAAAAGAGCUUACAAACUACCUCCAGGGGAGACUGCAUUGAUUGGCUGAGGAAAAUCUUAAGAUUCUGGGAGGAAAUGCCGGAGGGUGCAGCAUCACAAUCAGAGGACCCAGUUACACACCAGAAACCUUCACCUGCUGCCUGUGUAGUGGGGAAUUUCCCAAGGAUAAUCAUCCUAGCAAUCAUCUGUGCAGUCCUGAUAGUGCAUUUGUUAUAG